UCCCGGGAAAUAUCAGCCUCUCUCUGGUCUUUCCGGGCAGACAGCCUGCAACUGGAGAAAAUGCCGUCGAUUGAGUACGAUGAUUCAAAGCCUAGCUGGGCAGACCAAGUCGAAGAGGAAGGAGAUGAGGGUACACUUCCAUCACCCAAAGAAACUAUCAAGGGUAAUAUCAAAACUGUUACAGAAUACAAGAUAGAUGAGGAUGGGAAGAAGUUUAAGAUCGUUCGGACCUUCAAGAUUGAAACCAGGAAGGCCUCCAAGGCUGUGGCCCGAAGGAAGAACUGGAAAAAAUUUGGCAACUCCGAGUACGACCCUCCUGGUCCCAACGUGGCCACCACAACCGUGAGUGACGACGUCUUCAUGACGUUCAUUUCCAGCAAAGAGGACCUGAAUGCACAGGACCAGGAAGAUGACCCAUUGAGCAAGCUGAAGCAGAAGAUCGUGUCCUGCCGAAUCUGCAAAGGGGAUCACUGGACCACCCGCUGUCCUUACAAGGACACUCUGGGCCCCAUGCAGAAGGAGCUGGCCGAGCAGCUGGGUCUGUCCACAGGAGAGAAGGAGAAGGCUGCAGAACCUGAGCCUGCUCAGCCAGUCCAGAGCAAAACCGGGAAGUAUGUUCCCCCCAGCCUCCGGGACGGAGGCACGCGGAGAGGAGAGUCCAUGCAGCCCAACCGCAGAGCCGACGACAACGCCACCAUCCGUGUCACUAACCUGUCUGAGGACACCAGAGAAACAGACCUGCAGGAGCUCUUCAGACCUUUUGGCUCCAUUUCUAGGAUCUACUUGGCCAAGGACAAGAACACAGGCCAGUCUAAGGGCUUUGCGUUCAUUAGUUUCCACCGCCGUGAGGAUGCCGCCAGAGCCAUCGCAGGAGUGUCUGGAUUUGGUUACGACCAUCUUAUUCUCAAUGUGGAAUGGGCCAAACCAUCUAACAACUGAGACGGGCAUGUUCGUGAAUAUUCCAGGAGGACAAUUGCAACAGUUGCAUUUUCCUCUGUUAUUGUGUGGUUGUUACCUUAAAUGCAAUAAA